AGGAGAGGAGAGGAGAACAGAGCUUGACUCCUGAGCUUUAGUCUCCAGCUGCUCUGCUGCUCAUCCAGGACUUCCUGCUGAAACACUUACAACCUUUAGACUUUAUAAAUAUUUGUAUUUUUUAUUUGAUCUGACAUCGGAACUAUUCAAAUCGGGUCUGAUCCAGAUGACGUCACCACCACCUUAUUAUCCAGAGUUUGUGCGUAAAAGCGCAUAAAUGUUCGUGUUCUCAGAGAAAACUUCAUUUCUCCUGAAAACCCAGAGGACCUUUCCUCCACCAUGUCAGUCCAGGACCGCGGCUCCAGCCCCAGCUGUGUGGCCCACACGGACAGCACCAGUGUCAGCGUGCUCAGCUGGGAACAAGUGCAGCGGCUGGACUCCAUCCUGACCGGGACCAUCCCGAUCCACGGCCGGGGGAACUUCCCCACGCUGGAGAUGCAGCCGCGGCACAUCGUCAAGGCGGUGCGGACCCGGAUGGAGGAGAACCUGAUCCACGUCCGGGACGUCCGGUUAAACGGCUCUGCUGCCAGCCACGUCCUGCACGAGGACAGCGGGCUGGGCUACAAGGACCUGGACCUGAUCUUCUGUGCAGACCUGAAGGGACAAAACGAGUUCCAGACUGUGAAGAACAUCGUGUUGGACUGUCUCUUGGACUUUCUACCUGACUGUGUGAAGAAAGAGAAAAUAACCCCGCUGACGUUGAAGGAAGCCUAUGUGCAGAAGAUGGUAAAGGUUUGCAACGACUCGGACCGCUGGAGUCUCAUCUCUCUCUCCAACAACCGAGGAAAAAAUGUGGAGCUGAAGUUUGUCGAUUCUCUCCGGCGUCAGUUCGAGUUCAGCGUCGACUCGUUUCAGAUCAAACUGGACUCUUUGCUGCUGUUUUACGAGUGCUCAGAAAACCCCAUGGCUGAGACCUUCCACCCCACCAUCAUGGGUGAGAGUGUGUUCGGCCACUUCAGCCAGGCCCUGGACCACCUUCAUCACAAGAUCAUCUGCACCAGGAACCCAGAGGAGAUUCGAGGUGGGGGUCUUCUGAAGUACUGCCACCUGCUGGUGAGGGGCUUCCGGCCAGCAUCAGAGUCUGAGAUGAAGUCCCUGCAGCGCUACAUGUGCUCCCGCUUCUUCAUAGACUUCCCUGAUAUCAGUGAGCAGCAGCGCAAGCUGGAGUCCUACCUUCAGAACCACUUUGUUGGCCUGGAGGACCGCAAGUACGACUACCUGCUGACCCUCCAUGGAGUGGUCAACGAGAGCACCGUGUGCCUGAUGGGACAUGAGAGGCGGCAGACCUUAGGCCUCAUCGCCAUGCUGGCAGUGCGUGUCCUCGCUGAGCACAACGUCAUCCCCAACGUGGCUAAAGUUACGUGUUACUACCAGCCUGCUCCUUAUGUGGCCGACGGCAACUUCAGCAACUAUUACAUCGCUCAGGUGCAGCCAGUGUUCACCUGCCAGCAGCACACAUACUGCACAUGGCUGCCAUGUAACUGAGUGCCCCUCUGAGAGAGGACGGUGGUCUCUUUAAACAGGACUGGACACUUGACUCAUGUCCUCACAUCAGUGUGUUGCAGCUGCACAAGCACAAAUCACCUGCUGAAUGUUUUACAUCAAAGCUUGUUUCAGUUCAUCCUGUGAGAAGAACACAUCAGAACAGCUGCCCUCAACUUUCAGGGCUGGUUUUAAUGUGAGCCACGUUUAAAACGGAACAAAACACCAACCUCAGCUUGAUGCUGCUCAGGUCUGGAAAACACUCGUUUGUGUCAGUCCUGACACACACACACACACACACAC